CCAGAGAAAGCUGGAAGAGGAUAGGAAUGGAAGAAGUUUUCCAUGCUUAUAAAAUGCUUCGUCUUGGUUUCCAGCUAGUUGUAGCUCAUAAUGCGGCGUCGGGAACUACUACUGCCAUUACUGUCUGCACCUCACACUCUAUCAACCCCUAAAUCCAAACUAAUAUAUUGCGAUUACGCCAAAGUCGUCGUCCUCACGUUCUCCGCCUUCCGAUUCAGUGCUGCCAGGACGCGUAGAAGCAGCAAAGGUCGGUAUAUUUCUCCCACCUGUUCUUCCGCCGUGGCUUCUUCUUCUUCCGCCGACAGUGUCCUUGCAUUGCGAGAUUGAACUCUUUGUUGAUCCGGAAUCUGGUUCGCCUGGGUGUCUGGAGAUGAAUCAUUUGGGAAAGGUUGAAUCUUGAUGAGUUUCUAGGGCAAAAGCUUGAAUUUUUUGGAGGGUAAUUAGUAAUCUGUUCUGAGAGUCUGGAUCGGUUGAGAAAUUUUACUAAGCCGAAGAAUUUUUGCAGAUGGUCGGAUUUCGUUCGUUAUUUUUUUUUCUGGAUUAUGGGUCGCGCAAAUAGGUGUUCAUUUUUUUAUGGCGGAAAUUAGGUUUCUGAAAGGUUUGGAACCUCGUGUGCUCAUAUUUGCGAAUUAAUUUGGCUGCAUUGGUGUCGUGGAAACGUAAGUAGAAGCAGCUGCAUUCUUGGAGAUGUAAAGAAGUUUGUUUGACUGCCAAAUUUGUAUCUUGGAUUUGAAAAGUUCUCAGUGAUUGAAGCUCUGGGAAAUGGUGGCUGUGUUGCUGAUGCUCUUGUGAGCUUUCUUUAAGGCGUCAGGUGAUUAUGAGGGUUAUCCUGUGGAAGAAAAAGAUGGAAGCUUUUUACUACACAUCGCCGCCGCCGCCUCCACUAGAUGCCCUAUCACCGCCGCCAUCUCUUGAAAGCGGGUAUUCCAUCCCCUCUACUCCACCUUCAUCCCCUCCCCUCUCACCACCGACCCAUGCUUCACGCCCACCAAGUGCUCUACCGGAUGACUAUUUUUCACCUCCAUCAUUGUCAACACCUCCUCCACCGGCAAUUGCAGCUCCGCCACCAGCACUGCUUUUGUCACCUCCACCAGCUGUCAUUCCUCCUAUGACACCAAUCUAUUAUCAGUCACCGCCACCACCGCCGCUGUCUUUUGCCCCACCACCAUCUUCGCCACCACCUUCCCAUACUAAUUCUUCUCCCUUUUCAUCUAGAAGCAAUGCUACCUCACCAGUAUCUUCUAAUAUGACCCGUAGGAGCCCACCAUCACGAUUUUUACCUCCACCAGGAAUGACGCAUCAUGUACCAUGGAACAAUGCCUCCUCAAGAAGCAGCAUGAGUACUGCUGCAACUGUUGUUACAUUCGCCAUUGUUGCUGGUAUUGUGAUGCUUAGUUUUGUUGGAGCAGCUGUGUGGCUUGUGAAAAAGCGUAAGAAACCACUCCAACCUACCAGUCAUGGUGGAGAUAUCACUAUGGCACCAUCAGUGUCUACACUUACACCAGAGGUAUACCCUCAUGCAAGAUCUCCACCAUAUCCUCUUGUAAGGUAUAGUCCUGAAGCAGGCUCUGGAAUCCCUUUCUCACUAUUGGAGUCGGGGUUAGGACAUACAAAAUUAUGGUUUACACUGGACGAGCUAUCAAUGAUUACAGAUAACUUCUCACCUCAGAACCUUUUAGGUGAAGGUGGCUCUGGUUGUGUGUAUAAAGGAUACUUAAUCGAUGGAAGAGAAGUGGCUGUGAAGCAGCUUAAAGUUAGCGGCGCACAAGGAGAGCUUCACUUCAGAGCUGAAGUUGACACUAUCAGCCGUGCACACCAUCGCCAUUUGGUUUCUCUUGUGGGAUAUUGUGUAUCAGAGAACGAGAGAUUGCUCGUCUAUGACUAUGUGCCCAAUAGAACUCUUUAUUACCAUCUCCAUGCUAAAGGAAGACCAGUAAUGCAAUGGUCUAAGAGGCUUAAGGUUGCUGCUGGGGCAGCUCGUGGAAUAGCAUACCUUCAUGAGGAUUGUCAUCCUCGGAUAAUUCAUAGAGAUAUCAAGUCCUCAAACAUUCUAUUAGAUUAUAACUUUGAGGCUAAGGUUUCUGACUUCGGUCUUGCAAGGUCAGCUAUGGACGAAAACACACACGUGUCCACACGUGUAAUGGGGACUUUUGGAUACUUGGCUCCGGAGUAUGCAACAAGUGGAAAGUUAACUGCUAAAUCUGAUGUAUAUUCAUUUGGGGUGGUUCUUUUGGAACUUAUUACCGGACGGAAACCUGUUGAUUCAUCUCAACCUUUAGGAGAUGAAUGUCUUGCUGAAUGGGCUCGGCCAUUGCUAAUCCAAGCUCUUGAAAAUGGAGAUUUCAGAUGCCUACCAGAUCCAAGGCUCGACGGGAACUAUGACAACGAUGAGAUGUUUCAGAUCAUUGAAGUAGCAGCUGCUUGCAUUCGCCAUUCUUCUACCAUGAGGCCUCGAAUGACUCAGGUGGUGAGAGCUCUUGAUGGCUUAACUGACUUUGACAUAAACAAUGGUGUACCACCAGGCCAAAGUGACAGCUUUAAUUCACCAAAAUCUGAAGAAAUCAGAAUGUUUCAGAGGAUGGGAUUUGGCAGUGAAGACUACAACAGUGAUCAUAGUCGAAAGAGUUAAACAGAUCGGGGAGCAUAGAAUUACCGGACCGGACCGAUUUUUGAUGCAGCAGCAUUCGUACUUAUUGGGCAAGAAACAAGCGUAUUAUUACUUCUGGCGGCCGUUCUCCGUCGACUCGAUCGUUCGCUCUCCGCGAAGUCCUCCCUCGCGAACAAGAGU